UAUCAUAAGUACAUAACACAAGAGAUCGAUCAGUCUUUGACAUUUAAUCUCUCAGCAUCUCAUCCUUUUUAGUAAUCGAACGAUCAUGGAUUCAACGGCCAAUGAAGGAGCCUCUUCCUCUUCGUCUUCUUCUUACACACAUUCAGGGACAUAUGAUGUCUUCCUCAGUUUUAGAGGAGAAGAUACCCGCUACAAUUUUGUGGGUCAUCUGUACAACAAUUUGGUUCAGAAGGGAAUCAAAACCUUCAUGGACGAUGAGACGCUUAAAAGAGGAGAGGAAAUAUCAUCAUCGCUUCUCAAAGCAAUUGAGGAUUCGAGGAUUUCUCUUGUUGUCUUCUCCGAAAACUAUGCUUCCUCAGUGUGGUGCUUAGAUGAACUCGUUCACAUCUUUCACUGUAAAGAACAACUGCAGCGGAUGGUUUUUCCAGUUUUUUACAAGGUGGAUCCAUCGGAUGUGAGGAACCAAAGUAAGAGUUUCGGUAAGGCACUUGCUCACCAUGAAAGCAAACUCAAACAUAACAUGGACAAGGUGUUGAGCUGGAGAGAAACUCUUACAAAAGCAGCAAAUUUGUCUGGCUGGUCAUUCCUGGCCGACGGGCAUGAAUAUAAAUUUAUUCAAAAAAUUGUUGAAGAGAUUUCGGUCCAAGUUUUAGAUGGUACCCAUUUGAAUGUGGCAAAGUACCCAUUUGGAAUAGAGUCACGUGUCAAACAAUCCAGUUCGGUUUUUUGGGAUCUUGAAUCUGCUUCUGUCCUCGAUCGAGAGCAGUUAGCCCUCGAACGCCGUCAAGGACAAACCGAAGAUCAAAAGCGCCACCAGCACCAUUUCCUCUCCACUCUCUCCCGCUCACGCCGUUCCUCCGACGCCGCACUGCCCGCAACCACCGCCAAUUCUGAUCAAGACCGAGAUGGAGAUCGAGAACGCAUUCCUUUAAUGGCACAAGAUUGCAGGCAGCUGGAAUGUCAGAUAAGGUGGAAAAAGAAGGAUCUGAUAGUUUGGGGAAUCUUAACCGCUUUGCUGGUCAUCAUCGUUAGAGUUAUAGUACUGGUCGCAGCUAGAUAGCCGUCCGCCUAACCUAUGGAGGUGGAGAAAAAACGAUAUUUUUUAUUUUUUAUUUCAUUUUUUCAAUAAAAUAAAAGAGAUUUUUGAACACUUAU